AUGGAAUUUAAUAAGUUACUUAAAUUACCUAAAUUACCUAAAUUACCUAAAUUACCUAAAUUACCUAAAUUACCUAAAUUACCUAAAUUACCCAAAUUACCUAAAUUACCUAAAUUACCUAAAUUACCUAAAUUACCUAAAUUACCUAAAUUACCUAAAUUACCUAAAUUACCUAAAUUACCUAAAUUACCUACAUUACCAAAAUUACCAAAAUUACCUAAAUUACCUAAAUUACCUAAAUUACCUAAAUUACCUAAAUUACCUAAAUUACCUAAAUUACCUAAAUUACCUAAAUUACCUAAAUUACCUAAAUUACCUAAAUUACCUAAAUUACCUAAAUUACCAAAAUUACCUAAAUUACCUAAAUUACCUAAAUUACCUAAAUUACCUAAAUUACCUAAAUUACCUAAAUUACCUAAAUUACCUAAAUUACCCAAAUUACCUAAAUUACCUAAAUUACCUAAAUUUCCUAAAUUACCUAAAUUACCUAAAUUACCUAAAUUACCUAAAUUACCUAAAUUACCUAAAUUACCUAAAUUACCUAAAUUACCUAAAUUACCUAAAUUACCUAAAUUACCUAAAUUACCUAAAUUACCUAAAUUACCUAAAUUACCUAAAUUACCUAAAUUACCUAAAUUACCUAAAUUACCUAAAUUACCUAAAUUACCUAAAUUACCUAAAUUACCUAAAUUACCUAAAUUACAUAAAUUACCUAAAUUACCUAAAUUACCUAAAUUACCUAAAUUACCUAAAUUACCUAAAUUACCUAAAUUACCUAAAUUACCUAAAUUACCUAAAUUACCUAAAUUACCUAAAUUACCUAAAUUACCUAAAUUACAUAAAAUACCUAAAUUACCUAAAUUACCUAAAUUACCUAAAUUACCUAAAUUACCUAAAUUACCUAAAUUACCUAAAUUACCUAAAUUACCUAAAUUACCUAAAUUACCUAAAUUACCUAAAUUACCUAAAUUACCUAAAUUCCCUAAAUUACCUAAAUUACCUAAAUUACCUCAAUUACCUAAAUUGUCAAAAUUACCAAAAUUACCAAAAUUACCAAAAUUACUUAAAUUACCUAAAUUACCUAAAUUACCUAAAUUACCUAAAUUACCCAAAUUACCUAAAUUACCUAAAUUACCUAAAUUACCUAAAUUACCUAAAUUACCUAAAUUACCUAAAUUACCUAAAUUACCUAAAUUACCCAAAUUACCUAAAUUACCUAAAUUACCUAAAUUACCUAAAUUACCUAAAUUACCUAAAUUACCUAAAUUACCUAAAUUACCUAAAUUACCUAAAUUACCUAAAUUACCUAAAUUACCUAAAUUACCUAAAUUACCUAAAUUACCUAAAUUACCUAAAUUACCUAAAUUACCUAAAUUACCUAAAUUACCUAAAUUACCUAAAUUACCUAAAUUACCUAAAUUACCUAAAUUACCUAAAUUACCUAAAUUACCUAAAUUACCUAAAUUACCUAAAUUACCUAAAUUACCUAAAUUACCUAAAUUACCUAAAUUACCUAAAUUACCUAAAUUACCUAAAUUACCUAAAUUACCUAAAUUAUCUAAAUUACCUAAAUUACCUAAAUUACCUAAAUUACCUAAAUUACCUAAAUUACCUAAAUUACCUAAAUUACCUAAAUUACCUAAAUUACCUAAAUUACCUAAAUUACCUAAAUUACCUAAAUUACCUAAAUUACCUAAAUUACCUAAAUUACCUAAAUUACCUAAAUUACCUAAAUUACCUAAAUUACCUAAAUUACCUAAAUUACCUAAAUUACCUAAAUUACCUAAAUUACCUAAAUUACCUAAAUUACCUAAAUUACCUAAAUUACCUAAAUUACCUAAAUUACCUAAAUUACCUAAAUUACCUAAAUUACCUAAAUUACCUAAAUUACCUAAAUUACCUAAAUUACCUAAAUUACCUAAAUUACCUAAAUUACCUAAAUUACCUAAAUUACCUAAAUUACCUAAAUUACCUAAAUUACCUAAAUUACCUAAAUUACUUAAAUUACCUAAAUUAUCUAAAUUAUCUAAAUUAUCUAAAUUAUCUAAAUUAUCUAAAUUAUCUAAAUUAUCUAAAUUAUCUAAAUUAUCUAAAUUACCUAAAUUAUCUAAAUUACCUAAAUUACCUGAAUUACCUAAAUCGCCUAAAUUACCUAAAUUACCUAAAUUAUCUAAAUUAUCUAAAUUAUCUAAAUUAUCUAAAUUAUCUAAAUUAUCUAAAUUAUCUAAAUUAUCUUAAUUACCUAAAUUACCUAAAUUACCUAAAUUACCUAAAUUACCUAAAUUACCUAAAUUACCUAAACUACCUAAAUUACCUAAAUUACCUAAAUUACCUAAAUUACCUAAAUUACCUAAAUUACCUAAAUUACCUAAAUAACCUAAAUUACCUAAAUUACCUAAAUUACCUAAAUUACCUAAAUUACCUAAAUUACCUAAAUUACCUAAAUUACCUAAAUUACCUAAAUUACCUAAAUUACCUAAAUUACCUAAA